UUUAGCAAAAAGUUCUGUAACACAAAGCGCAAAGAUUUAUACAUCAGUUCCGUUUCUCAUAAAAAGGAAAAGGCAAGGAGCAAAUAUAUCUGACUUCUGGAAACUUAAACAACUACAGCUGACUAACUCUUUCUUCCGUUAUGCAAACUAAUAUCAAAAUGUAUAUUUUUCUUUCUUCGUUUGCCGUUACGUUAUGUACUGUGACUGAUGCUUGGUUGACUAAAUAUGAUUUUAAUGGUGAUUAUGGUGACCAUAAAUGGAAUAGCCAGGUGAGUCCUCCGUGUAUCAAAGCUAACGAAGAGUGUUUCUAUACAAGCCAGUGUUGUAGCAGAAAUGAUGUUUGUGUUAUGGAUUCCAAACUUUCAUUGUAUGCUGGUAGGAAAAUUGGACUUUGUCGAGAUCUUGAAUAUAUUCGGGGAGAUAUCCAGCCAACUAAAUUUGAAGGUGAGGCAUGCGAGGAUAGCUCAGAUUGCAUCGAUGGAUGCUGCAUAUCAAUAAGACGACACAGAUACGGUGUUCUCCAAGUUUGUGCACGGGAAAAUGGUCCUUUUAUGUGCAUCACGUCUUAUCGUCAAUUUGCCGAUGGAUUAUCGAAGAAGUAAAAUAGUUUAUGUGUAUAAAAGUCUUCAGCUUGUUUGUUGUUGAAUAUUUUUUU